AUGUUUGUUUUCGCUCUUCUUUGCUACCUCGGUCAGAGUGUAGAUUACAUAGAAAAGAUAUCAAAAUUCAUGAGCUCUGGACAGCAUAACAAAGCCAUUCAAGUGGCAACAGAUUAUAUUGAAGAUCAAGGCAUUAUUGACGCUGAUCCUCUUCUUUACAAGUUACGUGGUGAAUGCAAGUUUAUCUUAGGUCAGUAUGAUGAUGCAAUAUUAGAUUUAUCGAAAAUUAUUAACUAUGUUCAAGCACAACCGAAAGAUCAACAAAAUGCUUACUCAAUUCGUGGCCAGUGCAACUUAAUUCUUGGCAACCUCGACGAUGCGCUCAAUGAUGCUACGAAGAGUAAGAACAACACCCUCUUAAAAGCAGUAAAAACUUGCAAAUUCCAAAUUGACGCUGCCAAAGUUUCUGAGAAGAACAAAGUUCCAAAGGAAGCCCUUGAACAUUACCAAAAAGCCCUUAAAUUUGCUCCUCUUUCCAUUGUUCAUCUUGUUAAAGCUGCAGAAAACGCUUUACAGAUUGGAAACAGUGAAGAAUUUGAUAACCUCGCUCGCCAGAUCUUCAAAGUUGAUGCAAAGAACCCAGGUUACAUUCUUUUGAUUGGCCGUGACGCCUUUGAGAAGAAUGACCUUGGUUUGGCCGAAACUCGCUUUAAGAAAUGUUCAAGCACCAAUAACAACUGCAUGAGAUUACUUAAAGCUACAAAGAAGCUUUCCUCAGCCAGAUCUAAAGCAUCAAGUCUUAUUCGUCAGUCAAAGUUCGAAGAAGCCACAGAACUGAUGAACCAAUGCAUUGAGAUUACAAAGCAAUACGCCAAACCAAGCUCCCAUGUUUCUCUUUCUAUUGAUAUUCUUAAUGUUAAGAUUCUCAUCAAGAAAGGCAAGCAAACAGAAGCUCUCGAUAUCCUCAACAAUAUCAUCAAAUCAUACCCAAAUAAUACAGAAGUUCACUGCGAUCGUGGUGAAAUUCUCAUUGAACUCGAAGAUUACGAUGGCGCCAUCAGCGAUUUCUCUCUUGUUACACGCCUUGAUCCAGAAAACAGACGUGCUAAGGCUGGCCUCAAGAAAGCAUCAGAACUUCGUGAGAAAGAGAAGCAUCAAGAUUAUUACGAACUCCUUGGUGUCAAGAAAGGCUGCACAGAGUCCGAACUUAAGUCUGCAUACAGAAAGGCCAUCUUUAAGUGGCAUCCAGACAGAUUCCAAGAUAAGACUGAAAAGAAGAACGCUGAGAAGCGAAUGAAGCUGAUCAAUAAGGCCAUGGAUGUUCUAGGUGAUCCUCAGAAGAGAAGAUUGUACGAUAACGGCGUUGAUCCAGAAAAUCCAAAUCAGCCUCCACCAGAUGCAGACGGCCAACAGUACUACGGCCAAGGCGGCCCACAGGGAGGUUUCUACCAAGGCGGUCCACAAGGCGGAUUCUUCCAAGGAGGUCCUCAGGGAGGAUUCUUCCAAGGAGGAGGUGGCGGCGGCUUCGAAGAUAUAUUCAGAAUGAUGGCUGGACAAGCGCAGGCUCAGAGACAAGCUCAGCAUCAGAACGGAAGAGCCAACAGGCGUAGAUAA